AUGUCAAGUUCUGAUGUACCGUUGACUCCGUCGUUAUCAUGGCGCGUCAUUUCUAGCUCAAUUAUGGGAUUGACCGGUGUCAUUUGUCGAGGAUUCUUAUACGGAAUGAAUUAUAUAGAAGUAAUUGGACUGGAAAGAUUUUUGGAAAAGUUAGACAGACGAUCUAACAUAGAAGGCAGAGAAAGAGGUUUAAUAACUGUCUCCAACCAUGUCAGCGUGAUAGACGAUCCCCUAAUCUGGGGCGUUCUUCCAAUCUCUUACGCCUUCAAUCCUUCAAAUCACCGAUGGAGUCUGGGAAGUUAUGAUAUCUGCUUCCAAAGCAGAAUUCUUGCGACAUUCUUUAGCUAUGGCCAGGUCCUUCCAACCCAUCGCAAUACGUACUCAAUUCACGGGGGCCUUUUUCAGCCAGUAAUGUCCCAAGCCAUUCGACUGCUUUCAGCUCAGCCAUUUAUAAGGACGGCCUCCUGUACACUCGAUACAUUUGACCCUUUUGUAUCUGGUAAUAUGACUUACUCCACGACUGAAUCUGACGUAUACUUUUCCCCAGCCUUUUAUCAGUCCCGCAAACACUCGUGGAUUCAUAUAUUUCCAGAAGGUCGAGUUCAUCAACAUCCAUCAAGCUCACUCCGGUAUUUUAAAUGGGGUAUAUCACGUCUUAUUCUUGAGUCUGAACCAUUGCCAGAAGUCGUUCCAAUUUUUAUUGACGGGAAUCAAAAUAUUAUGCACGAAAACCGCGAAUUUCCCGAAUUCCUACCCAGAAUUGGGAAGCGUGUCACUAUCGCUUUUGGUGAGACGAUUGAUGGCGAAAGAAUAUUUGGAGAUCUGAGGCAUAAAUGGAAGCAAUUAGUCCAGCAACAAAAGGAAGAGCUGCAAAGAAAAGGACUUGAGACCAAAUGGGAGCUAGGAUAUCUCAAUGAAGAACUCAAGUACGGCGGGGAAGCUGUCGCUAUACGAAAAGAAGUCACCCUAAGAGUACGAAAUGAGGUCCUAAAAGUCAGGCGUAACUUGGGUUACCCAGAUGAAGACCCUAGCCUGAGCCUACCUGAAACAUGGACCGUCAAAUAA